AUGGAGUCGACGAGCAGCCCGGGGACAGCAACAACGAGGGUGCCAUGGCACCGCCUGCGAGCUUGGAUCGACCAGCAGGAGGACUAUGAGAGGACGCACAGCCGCCCCGCCCCGCUGGCGCAAAUCAAGCUCGAGGCCAUCUCCAUGCUCAUCCCCUUUGGCGAUGAUGAGCCCGAGGUUGGUGACCGAGACUACGUCAGCCUGCUGCUUCAUGAGACGCAGACUCGUCGUCUGUCGCCGCCCGUGUUUACCGAUGGCGAACCCGCUCUGGUGCCCGUCGACGGCCAUCUCCAGCCCAAAUGGAGCUUUGUCUGCUCCAUUGCCGAGUGCGGCUCCUUUCCUCGCGAGCGCCACGGCAUCGACGCCGGGCAGCAGCCGCCGGCUUUCCAGGGCAAGAAGAAUGCGAAGCGGUACGCGGCCAAGUGCGCUCUGCAAUACCUGCAGCAGGCCGUGGUCAAGGGCGCCGUCCCCGCCGCAACGCCGCCGACAAAGGAGCGCGCCGCGGCUGCAACCCAGUCUCCGGCGCUGUCUCCUAGCCCCGCCCGGGGGGUCGCGGCAGGAGGAGGAGGAGGAGGAGCAGCAGCAGCAGACAGAUCCCCGCGCUUGCAGCCGCAGCCGUCCUCGGGGGUCCCGGGCUGCUCCGAGUGCGGAUCCAGCAACCCGGACAACGGCGACGAAGCGUCCGUCUUCCGGCACGUCUCGGACCUGGCCACCAGCCUCAACCUGAGCAGCCCGCGGUACGAGGUCGUGCCCGACAGCGAGAUGCCCGGCUUCUUCCGCGGCUGCCCCGUCUUUUCCCCCGCCGACAUGGUGCCGCGCGACCUGGGCCUCGUGAGCGGCGUCCUGGGCAAGAAACAGGCCAGGCUGCAGGUUGCCGAGAAGGUGCUGGAGUGGCUCGAGGCGGAGAGGCGGAAGCGGAGGGAUGUUUUUGACAGCCUGUACAGAAAGAAGUCUUGA